GGAUUAUGUUUUACGCCCUACAAUAUCUCUACAGACCGCAACACAAACACUACAACAGGAACUGAUAAUUACAGCGAGGAAUAUAAACAUGCUCUCCUAUACAUUGUGUGCACUCUUCUUUUUUACUCACUUGGGAUAAUGAUUGGCAUAGUGUCGUACAUAAAAAGAGAAAAACAAGACAUAGAACAGGAAAAAAUGUUUGAUGACUUUUUAACAUCAUUUAGAGGUGAAACAGAAGCAGUGCAUUAUAGGCAAUUUAAAGUACAAGAAACUAUAGAACGGUUAGCCGAAAUGGAAAGGGCUGGUGAAAAAAGUUUCGAUGACUUUAAUGCAGAAAAGGUGAUUUGUGAUAGGAAAAAGCAUUUAUACAAAUUUGCAAAUUUAAGCUUUAUACAGGCACCUGUAGUUAAAGUAAACAGCAUGACAAAUGUAACGACCGGUAAUGAACAAGAGCGUGAUGCAGAACAUUUUGACCCGUUUUUUGAUAGAAGACUGUCUGAAGUUGUGGCAGAAAUGAUAGCUGAUGAAUACAUUGAAAACCGCAGUAAAACUAUGACAAAUAAUUUGAACGUUAAAGAAAAUAAAGACAAUAAAAAAAAAUUCCUUGACUGCGACAGAGAAAAUGAAAAUAAAGACUUAUGCAAAGAAUCUUCAUUAAGCAAAGCAGAAUCCGAUCUUUAUUAUGACAAAAUGGUGCUUGAGAAAGAUACAGCUGCCUGCUGUAACGAAGCUACACUUCCACAUGACAAACUCCAACCAGAAUAUCCCCAAUACGAUUCUCACAGCAUCAAAACUAACACAGGCAGGAUUAUAGAGACAACAUUCGGAGUCAAUGUAUAUCAGGAAAAUCUUAAUAUAACACCUGGAGAACAGUUAAACAAAGAAUCGAAUUUUGGUAAGGGAAAUAAGCAAAGAGAUAUGAAAUUCAAAUGGUCUGUAACUAGUGUGUGAGACAAACAAAAGAAAAAUAUGUCAGACCACAGAAAGUUAUAAAACAAUGGUUUGCACCGUCCGAAUGUCACGUGAAAAUGUUUAAGUAGGUAUUAUAUAAGCUAAUUUACCGUCACAUAUGUUGAUAAUAUAUGCAACAGAAUGUGUGUUCAAGUUAAGUUUUCACCGAGAACGAAAUUACGUGACAAAAAGAGUUUAGUUGUCAGGGGAAAUCUAACAGAACGUUAAGGGGAGUUAAGAGUC